AUGGGCCUAAAAUUGAAUAUCGCUGGAACCUCUCUUCUGCUAUUGCUAGCCUCUGCUGCAGAAGUGUCUGGUGAUAUCAUUUUUGAUGUUACCAAAUAUGGUGCCAGGGCUGAUGGACACUCCGAUAUCAGCCAGGCCUUACUUAAAGCAUGGGGAGACUCUUGUUCAUCGCCUGUGGCAAGUACAGUUAUGAUUCCAAAUGGAACAUAUGCGUUGGGGCAAAUAACCAUUGGAGGCCCCUGUAAGGCUCCUAUUAAUUUCGUUGUCCAAGGCACUGUGAUGGCCCCGGUGGAUACCAGCAGGUUCAAGGCUGAAGCUGGUUGGAUUGCGUUUCAACAAAUCGACCAGUUCACAUUGUCUGGUGGUGGAGUUUUUGAUGGUCAAGGAAAAACUGUAUGGGGCAGAAAAUGCCCCCAUUAUGCAUAUUGCAAACAACUUCCCAUCAAUCUGAGGUUCAACUUCAUCACCAAUAGCAUGGUCAAGGACAUAACUUCAAGAGACAGUAAACAGUUUCAUAUUAAUCUUUUGGGGUGCAAGAAUUUAGCUUUCUACAACGUUGCAAUCAGUGCACCAGAUGAGAGCCUUAACACAGAUGGAAUUCACAUUGGACGUUCCUCGGGGAUCAAUAUCACCGAUUCAACCAUAGAAACUGGAGAUGAUUGCGUCUCAAUUGGUGAUGGCAGUGAGCAAAUUAAUAUCCAAAGAGUAACCUGUGGGCCUGGUCAUGGCAUCAGCGUGGGAAGUCUAGGAAAGUACCCCAAUGAAGAACCUGUGGUUGGCAUUAGUGUCAAGAACUGCACCCUCACCAACACCCAGAAUGGCGUGAGAGUGAAGACAUUUCCUGCUUCCCAUCAAGGCAUUGCCUCUGAAAUGCAUUUUGAAGAUAUUGUCAUGAAUAAUGUUGGCAAUCCCAUAAUCAUAGAUCAAGAGUACUGCCCCCAUAACCAAUGCAACUUGAAGAGUCCAUCACGCAUUAAGCUCAGCAAUGUUAGCUUCAGAAACAUCCGGGGCACCACCUCAACUCAGGUUGCUGUCAAGCUUCUUUGCAGCCAGGGAGUACCAUGCCAAGACGUGGAACUUGGUGACAUCAACCUGAAAUACAAUGGAAAGGAAGGCCCUGCCAUGUCACAGUGUAAAAACAUUAAGCCAAAUCUAUUGGGCGUGCAACUGCCAAGGAUUUGUGCAUAAGCUGCUCAAAUCUUCCUUCAAAGUCUGAACAAAUUGUACUGCUUCUACUUUAUAUAUAGCUACCUCCUCAUCCUCGCGCAUCUGCUAGUUUAUUGUUGCAUAACAAUCUUCAGAUUGUACAAGUAAAACACAAUGAACAAACAUUAAUACAAUUCUUGUUUUAAUAUAUAUGAUCCAAGGUAUGUGCACUUGGUGUUGGGAUUGAACCAUAUGGGCCCAACAUUGUUGGCACUUAGCACAUCCGAAGGGAAGGCCAGAGGCCCAGAGCCGUGGCCCCUCAAUCCACCAAUUGUUUUAUUUAUCCCUUUUUAUAAAGGGGGCGUCGUCCCCAUGAGGAUCGAUACUAGGACUAAACCUUAUAUCCAACCAACUUCCCAUAUGGCUCAAUCCCAAC